GGGGGCGGGGGGGGUGUUGAAAAAGGCAGGGGCGGUAAGUGAGAGGGCACACACUCCAGCGAGAUGCCUGUGCGAGGAGACGGCCCGAUCAUGGACUGCAGGACGAGACUGUACCCUGGCACCCUGACCCUGCUGGCCGUCCUCAUCGCCCUGGGACUGGAACCCUGCUCCGCCGCUCCCCCCGCCAAGAACCGCUGUGACAAGGUGGUGACGGUGACCACACAGACCCGCUGCCACUCCUGCCUGAUCAGCGCCCUGGUGGACUGCCCCAAGGGCUUCAAGAAGAGGAGGCCGGGGAUCGGGCAGCCCGGCUGCAAGUACACCGUCAGCACGGCCAAAAACAUGGGCCUGUCAAUCAAAGGCUGUUCGCACGAGUGCUUCAAGGACGUCCUGGAGCCCCUGUGCUGUCCUGGUUACUGGGGCACGGAGUGCAUCGAAUGCCCGGAGAACGCUCAGAACCCCUGCAACAACAACGGCGUGUGCUCAGACGGCCAAUCAGGCAACGGCACCUGCGCCUGUAAGGCAGGGUUUGCUGGUACGGCCUGUGAGGACUGCAGCAGCUCGUUUUAUGGACUCUCCUGCAGCUCAGUCUGCAGCUGUGUCCAUGGUGUCUGUAGCAGCGGUAUCCAUGGUGAUGGGCAGUGCACCUGUUUCUCAGGAUACAAAGGCCUGAGGUGUGACCAGCAGCUGCCGGAGUGCGCGUCCCUGCAGUGCUCCCAGAAUGCUCGCUGCAGCGAGGACGCGCUCACGGGCCAGCUGCAGUGCAGGUGCCUGGCGGGUUACCAGGGAAACGGCGUCCAGUGCACAUCCAUAAACCCCUGCCUGCAGAACGUCUGUCACUCGAAGGCGGUCUGCGCCCACCUGGGGCCCAAUCAGCAUUCCUGCACGUGCAUGGCGGGUUACCGUGGCGACGGGGUGGUGUGCAUGGAGGUGAACCCCUGCCAGACCGACUUCGGCGGCUGCUCGGCGGAGUCGGCCCACUGCGUGUACGACGGUCCCGGGAAGUCUCACUGUGAGUGCCUGGAGGGGUUUGAGAACCUGACCCCUUCUGGGGCCUGUAGCCUGAGGGACGCCUGCACACCCGGGUUCUGCAACGCCAACGCCGUCUGCACCACCACUGGACCCGGCACCGCUCAGUGCGCGUGUAAUAAGGGUUUCAUCGGCAACGGGAAGCUUUGCUACGGCAACAUCAUGCAGCGGCUGCAGGAGCUCAACACCGAGCCAAACGGGCAGUGGGUCGGGCAGCUGUCCAAUGCCAUCACUCUGUUCGAGUCCACCAUGUCCUGGCCCCUCUCCUCUCUGGGUCCCUUCACUGUUUUCAUCCCCAUAAACAAGGGCUUCAAAGGCACAUCGGUGAAGGCCCUGCUGGAUGACCCGAUGAAUGCGCAGUACCUGUGUAAGCUCCACGUGGUGGCUGGGGAGCUGUCCCUGGAGGCUCUGAAGAGGGGCGAUGUGUUCUACACCCUGACCGGGAAGUCUGGGGAGACCGUGACCACCGAUGAGGAUCAGCAGAUCAAAAUCCGUAUCCAUGGCAGCAGGAAGAAGGGGGAUAUCGUACAGUCUGAUGUCAUCGCCUCCAACGGGGUCAUACACCUCAUCAGCAAGCUGAUGGACAGCGUUCCCCCCACCGUUCAGAGCGAGAAAGAGGAGAACCUGAUGAAAAUUCUCUCGGACAAUGGAAAAUUCAACAAGUUUAAGAGCUUUUUAGAGAAGGCCAACGUGGUGUCCCUUCUGGAGGGGGCGGGGCCAUACACUCUGUUUGCUCCCACCAACACCGCCAUGGACGCCAUGAAUCAAGCGGACCAGGACUACCUGCUCUCCGACCAGGGUAAAACUAAACUGCUGGAGCUGGUGAGGAACCAUGUGAUCCAGUCUGUGGGGAUGGAGGUUGUCAACAUCGUGUCAGCUCCCCGCACUGUGACGAUGGCCAAUCAGGUCCUGACGUUCAACGUGACCAGCAAUGGGCAGAUCCUGGUGAAUGGAGCAGUGAUUCUGGAGGCGGACGUUCAGGCCAAAAACGGGCGCCUUUACUCUGUGGAUGCAGUCCUGGUCCCCGCCUCCAUCGAGCCCAUCCUGCCCCGAAAAUGUGAUGUCAUCAAGUCCAACAUUAUCAAGGGCAACUGUGUCAGGUGCUCCCUGGUGAUAAAAUCGUCGUGUCCCUCUGGCGUUUCCACGGACACCUUCGCUAAAGGCUGCGUCUUCAGAGACACCAGUCUAGGUGUGGUGGUUCCUACACUUGGCUGCUCCCUCUUCUGCAAUCAGACCGUGACAACCCCGCUGUGCUGUAAGGGUUUCUAUGGGCCGGACUGCAGCCCCUGUCCUGGGGGCUUCACCACGCCCUGCUCCGGACAGGGUCAGUGUAUGGACGGGAUUGAAGGGAACGGGACCUGUAUCUGUAAGGACAACUUCAAGGGCUCCCACUGCCAGCUCUGCUCCAACCCCAGCAAAUACGGGCCUGCCUGCGACAAGACAUGCCCCUGUAUCCAUGGCGAAUGUGACAAUCGGCCUGACGGUGACGGGUCCUGCAAGCCGGGCACCUGCCAGGACGGGUACACCGGCCGGUUCUGCGAGCGCCACACCCAGACCUGCGGCCCCAGGGUGGAGUUCUGCCACUCCCACGCCAUCUGCGACUUCAACGGGGGAGCGGUCAGAUGCAUUUGCAAGACUGGUUACCAGGGAGACGGGAUUACGUGCGUGGAGACAGACCCGUGCGCUCUGCCGUUUCGAGGGAGGUGCAGCGUCAAUGCUAAGUGUAUAAAGACAGGCCCGGGCUCCCACACCUGCCAGUGCCUGCGGGGGUGGAGGCAGGAUGGGGACGGCUGCCAGACCAUCAACAACUGCCUGGAUUCCAGCAGCGGCGGCUGCCAUGCCAACGCUACGUGUAUCUACAUCGGCCCGGGACAGAACGACUGCGAGUGCAAGAACGGUUUCCGUGGAAACGGGAGAGAGUGCGAACCUGUCAAUCAGUGUGUCCAGCAAAAUGGCGGAUGCCAUUACAUGGCUACCUGUCAGUACCUGUCACCAGGCACGUGGAAGUGUGUGUGUAAGGAGGGCUACACAGGGGACGGCCAGGUGUGCUACGCGACCGUGGUGCAGGAGCUGUCUGCGAUCCCUGAUGGUGCUGAAUUCUAUAAAUGGGUGAAUGAUGCUGGCAUCUCUAAGAUGCUCUCCACGACCCAGGAUUUCACCCUGCUCCUCCCCUCCACCAGCGCCGUGCAGAACAUGCCCAAGGCCGACCGGGACUUCUGGACCAGCAGGAGCAGUUCCCUCACCACCAUCAUCAAGUGUCACAUGAUUCAGGGAGUCUACCAGCUGGCAGACCUACGCAACUCAUCAGUUCAGCAGCUCACCACCUUCCUGAAGACAUCACUUCCUGUUUCCUGGAACGAUGUGUCAACAUCCAUUGGAGGAUCCGCAGUCACAUCAUCGGAUAUCGCAGCGACUAACGGAGUCAUCCACAUUAUCGAUAAGGUGUUCAUUCCGGAUCGGAAGCUGAGCGAGGGGCUGCUGGAGCUGCUGGAUCAGAAGCCGGAGUACUCCCUGUUCAGGAGCGCCCUCGCUAAAUACAACCUGACGCAGGAGAUGGAGAAGUCCUCCGCCUACACCGUGUUUGCUCCCAGCGACGGUGCGGUCAGGACGUACCUGAGCAGGACCGGCUCCGCCUCUCUGGACGUGAACACGACGCGGAAUCACAUCGUCCUGGCAGAGAAGCUGAUGAGGAGUGCCCUGCGCAACGGCCUGUACAAAGACUCCAUGCUCGGCUUCUCCUUCCAGCUGGGCUUCUUCCUCAGGGAUGGCAACCUGUUUGUGAACGAGGCCCAGGUGAACCUCACUGAUCUGGAGACCAGCAAGGGGGUGAUCCACGGCCUGACCGGGGUGCUGGAGGUCAUCCUGAACCGCUGCGACAGAGAGGAGGCCAGCUUCUCCUCGGGAUUCUGUCUGGACUGUUUCACCACAAAGAACCCCUGCCCAGAAGGAACUAAAGCAUCGUCCCGCAUGAAGAACCGGUGCCUGCUGAGGCGCACGCUCAGCGGAGAGCAGAUCACCCUGUUCGGCUGCAGGAUGAUGUGCAAGAACUCCACCAUUAUCCGGCAGUGCUGUGGGGGGUUUUUUGGGAAGCACUGUGAGAACUGUCCCGGGCCGGUGGGGCAGCCGUGUUUUGGGAACGGGAAAUGCGAGGACGGGGCCGAUGGGAAGGGGACAUGCCAGUGCAAUCCGGGCUUCGCUGGGACAGCCUGUGAAACCUGCCAGCCUGGGAAAUACAGCAUCCACUGUGACCAGGGUACAGUAUACCCUUCCACCUUCCAUUCCCACUGUGACCCGGGUCCAGUAUACCCUUCCACCUUCUAUUCCCACUGUGACCAGGGUACAGUAUACCCUUCCAUCUUCCAUUCCCACUGUGACCCGGGUCCAGUAUACCCUUCCAUCUCCUGUUCCCACUGUGACCAGGGUACAGUAUACCCUUCCACCUUCCAUUCCCACUGUGACCCGGGUCCAGUAUACCCUUCCAUCUCCGUUCCACUUGACCGGGUCCAAUGCCUUCCGUCCCUGGUCCACUGUGACCAGCAGAACCCUCUCCCCUUUUCCCAUGUACCGGGUCCCACCCCUCACCCUGUCAGGUCCCAGGACGCAUGCAGCGGGCGGUGCCACUCCAGCGCCAACUGCAUUGUCCAGGCUGACGGCUCCUCCUUCUGCAAAUGUGCCACUGGGUUUGAGGGGAACGGCACGUACUGCAUAGGGAAGGAUGCCUGUGCGCUGAAUAAUGGCGGCUGCUCCCCCAAGGCCACGUGCAAGAGGACCGGCCCCGGGAGCAGGGACUGCCUCUGCCAGGCCGGUCACUAUGGAGACGGCCUGGUGUGUGUGGGAAUCAACCCGUGCCUGGUGGGCAAUGGAGGCUGCCACGCGAACGCCCAGUGUGUCCACACCGGACCCAACAAGACGGCAGCGCUGCACAAGCUCAGAGCGGAACACUGCUCAGCCAUCAACCCCUGCAGAGCGCGUAACGGGAACUGCCACCGGCUCGCCCUGUGCAACAUGACGGGCCCGGGGGAGCGGACCUGCAGCUGCAAGCCGGGCUACGUGGGCGACGGCCUGAGCUGCAAGGGCACCGUGGAGGAGGAGUUCUUCCUCAGCAAGAAUUCGUCCAUCAGGGAGUUUGUUUAUUAUAUGGCAAGGGCGAAGGUGCAGGAGCUGAGUGGCCUGGGCCCCUUCACUGUGUUCGCCCCCCCGGGGCCCCUGUUCAGCGAAAACUGGAGUCAGUGGCGAGCUAAGGGAGUGAUAUCAGACAUCAUGCGGUACCAUGUGGUGUCCUGCCGCACGCUGGUCCCCGCCGACCUGACCAAGCCCAGGAACCUGACCACGCUGCAGGGGGAGCCCCUGUCCAUCACCUACUCCGAGGACACCAUAUUCAUCAAUGGGAACACUAAGGUGGUGUUCAGUGACUCUGUGAGUUCCAAUGGCAUCAUACACAUCAUCGACGCUGUGCUGGUGCCUGAGAGCGUGCAGGCCGUUCUGAACAACCCGCAGGCUCCGCCCACUCCAGGGCCACAGAACCUGACAGAUCUGGCCAAAGUCCACGGUUAUGCCACUUUCACCAAGUUGCUGGAGGACACGGAGGUGCUGAACCUGGUGAACGACCGCAUCCACCAGCCGGUCACCUUGUUCUGGCCCACGGACAGGGCCAUGGCCGCCCUGCCGCAGGAGCAGAAGGACUUCCUGUACAGCACGCAGAACCGCGCCCAGCUCCAGGAGUACCUCAAGUACCACAUCGUCCGGGACGCCAUGGUGUUCUCCUCUGCGCUGGUCUACGCUCCUCUGAAGACUCUGCAGGGCUCAGACCUGAGCGUGAAAUGCGCCGGCGAUGACGGCAUAGGAAAGCUCUUCCUGAAUAACAGGAAGUGCCAGAUCCUGCAGAGGCAGCUGCCCUUCCGCGGUGGAAUUGCUCACGGGAUCGACUGCCUGCUGACUCCUCCCAGCCUGGGGGGGCGCUGUGACACCAUAGACACGCUCACUGUCAAUAGCCCCUGUGGCCGCUGCAACAGACCGUCCAGAUGUCCCUCUGGAAGUAAACUAAAGGAGAAGAAGAAGUGUGACCUGGCCGUGGUGGGCGCGGCGAAGAUGGCGGGCUGCCAGGCCGUGUGCACCGUGGUGUUCUGGCGCUCCAAAUGCUGCGGCGGCUUCCACGGCCGGGACUGUCUGGCCUGCCCCGGGGGACCGAAGUCCGUCUGCAGCAAACACGGCAAGUGCGACGAGGGCCACUUCGGGACGGGCAACUGCACGUGUGACCCCGGGUUCCAGGGCGUGGCCUGCGAGCUGUGUGACCCGGGACGCUACGGGCCCAGCUGCCAAGCCUGUAACUGCUCGGAGCACGGCUCGUGCCAGGAGGGCAGGAAGGGGACCGGAUCCUGCUUCUGCGAACAGGGCUGGACUGGGAAACGCUGCGAGAGCCCAUUGGUGGUGCAGCCCGUCUGCUCCCCCGCCUGCUCCCCCGACGCCGUGUGCAAGGAGAAUAACACCUGCGAGUGCAAGCCCUUCUACCUAACCCUAACCCUCACCUGCACCCUGGCGGACCUGUGUGCCCAGCUGAACGGGGGCUGUGCGGCCGAGUCCAGGUGCACGCAGAAGGGUGUGAAGGUGACCUGCGUCUGCCCGAAAGGCCACUCGGGGGACGGCUACGUCUGCCUGCCCAUCGACCCCUGCGCCGCCGACGACAACGGGGGCUGCCAUGAGCACGCCACCUGCAGCAUGACGGGCCCGGGAAAGAGGAAGUGUGAGUGUAAGACUGGUUACAUCGGGGACGGCCUGAACUGCGAUGUCCGGGAUCUGCCAAUCAACCGCUGCGCCCAGGGCAACGGGCAGUGCCACUCGGACGCUCAGUGCACUGACCUGCACUUCGAGGACACGAAGGUGGGCGUGUUCCACGUGCGGUCCCCGCUGGGGCAGUACCGUCUGAACUACACCGAGGCCCAGGAGGCGUGCCGGGACAGGGGGGGCACCAUGGCCUCUUAUGUGCAGCUGUCCUACGCCCAGGAGGCUGGGUUUAACAUGUGCUCGGCUGGCUGGUUGGAGAAGGAGCGGGUGGCCUACCCCACCACCUUCUCCAGCCCCAAGUGCGGCUUUGGCCACGUGGGCAUCGUGGACUACGGCCCCCGGGUCAACCUGAGCGAGACCUGGGACACCUUCUGCUACCGCAUGCAGGACGUGCAGUGCACCUGUAAGCUCGGCUACAUCGGCGACGGGUACGACUGCACCGGCAACCUGCUGCAGGUCCUCACCGCCACGCCCGGCUUCUCCAACUUCCUGUCCCAAAUCCUGAAUUACUCCCGCAGCUCUGGGCCCGGCCGGGAGUUUCUGAGCCGCCUCAGUAACAUCACCCUGCAGUCCACCCUGUUUGUGCCCGACAACAGCGGCCUGGACGAGAACAAGACCCUGUCGGAGCGGGACAUCGAGUACCACCUCUCGGAGAGCGGAGUGCUGUACUUCCAGGACCUGACCAACGGGACGCGGAUCAGAACCCGUCUGGGACACUGGCUGCGUGUGCUGGGCAUCUCCGACUUCCGCAACGCCAGCGUGCUGACUGCCUCCCGGUACAUCAAUGACCAGUUCCUCAUUGACUGGGACAUCCUGACGUCCAAUGGGAUCAUCCACGUCCUCCAGGGACCCCUGCUAGCCCCACCCAAAGAGCCGGAGUUCCACGCGGGGCACAAGGCCGGGCUGGGCAUGGGGCUGCUGCUGGUGGUCGCGCUGCUGGGCGUGGCCGCGUUCGGGCUGUACCGUUUCCACGGGCAGCGCGCCAAGCCCUUCCAGUUCCACUACUUCAAGGACGAGGACGGAGACCCAGCCGAAGCCCCACAGCCUGAGGAUCUGAAGCCCAGCAUCUGCAAUCCCGUCUAUGACUCAUCAGUCUCCGCCCCCGCCAGCCCCGACCCUCCCGCUGUCCCCGCCUCCCCCGCGUACUCCGCCACUCCUGCCUACCCCUCCUACCUGGGCUUCUCUGUGAGCGAUAUUGACGGAGACACACAAGGUCUUGUGGAAAACGACCUGCUCCAGGACAGCUGAGAGGGGGUUCUGUCUCACACACACGUCCCCAAACAACGGCCUCGUCGCACGGACAAUGUGGAGAAACGUGAGCUACCUGUUACACCCACAGCAGCCACCGGAGGGCACCACUGCCACACUGUACUGUAGUCCACCUGCUAACUGAAGGAACCAGUUUUUUUUCUUUCUUGUUUUUUUUGUUUCAUUAAACAAACGAUUUAAAACAGUUGAAGGAAAAUCGGUUGAAAGAAGACACAAACAACUUUUACCUCUGCUAUUAUGCCACUUGUAUUUGUGUCCUCAUAACUGUGUUGCUGUCAGUAUGGUGAGAAAUGGGGAGUUUUCAUUUUAGCUGAAUUAUGAUUAGCUGUAAAUGUGAGAGAGGGCAGUCCAUGUCCAUUAUGAUUUGACAGUUAUAACUGCAUUCCCAUUAAAUGUGACAAAAGUACGUUUGAACAAAACUAAAAGUAAUAAGCGUC